GCUAAUGAAUCAAAGUACAUUGUCUUCCUUCUUUAGAAUUAAUUCUAAUCUUAUAUGAUUGUCGUUCUUGACUACCAUCGGUUCGAUGAAUUUUCCGAAUCGCCUAAUAUCGACAACAUCUUCGAUGAAUUUUCCGAAUCGCCUAAUAUCGACAACAUCUUCUCUUGCACCGAUUCGUCUAUUCAUCCUCUUAGGGAAAUUAUCGAAAAUGGAUAUAAAUAUAUACAACUUAAUGUAUUUUAAAACCCUUUAAAACAAAAAAAUGUUAAAUGUAUUUAAAAGUAAAUCUUAUAAAUGAAGAGAUGAAAAAAAACGUACCUUCGUAACUGUUCGUGGCUACUUAAAAGACCAACAAAGACUCUUUAUCUCUUUUCAUAUCACAACUCUCUUCUCAUCUUCUUCCUCAGCAAGAGCUAUGAAAGACCAUGAAAGAGCUAUACUGGAAGAAAGAAUUAACUAUUACCUAGCGAAACGUACCGAAAGAAUUGUUUUUGCUGAGCUUGAUACUGGAGGAAAAAUAAUCGAAUGUCCAAAUUGUCACGUUCAAUUUACUCCUACUCUCGGAAACUGGAUCGCGGAUAAGUUUGCAUGUAAAAGCUGCAAAGCUAACUUAUCUUUUAGAAACAGCACAGCAAAAACAGCGAGAUGUCCUUGUUGUACUAUCUCACGUCCUGUGCCAAACAAUUUUACAAUGCUUGUGUGUGGCGGAUGUCCAGUGAGCGUCGUUCAUCAAAAACGUGAUAAAACUGUGAAAUGUUCUGAGUGCAAACAUAUCAAUAUUCCAACUUUUGGAAGAACUUAUGGGGUUCGUCCAGAGAACCAAGCUCGUCCUCCGCAAGUUUACCGGAUUGUUCCUCCUCAAGGUAACGGGGUAGCUCCUCCUCAAGAUAACCAAGAUGGUCCGCGAAGUUACCAAGUUGUUCCUAUUCCUCAAGUUAACAAGGAUCUUCCUCAAACUUACCACCUUGUUCCUUGUCGUAACGGAGUUCCUCAAGUUAACCAAGAUCCUUCGACAUUUUACCAAGUUGUUCCUCGUCAAGUUAACGAGGUUCCUCCGCAAGUUAACCGAGUUGUUCCUCGUCCAGCUAACGAGGUUCCUCCGCAAGUUAACCGGAUUGUUCCUCCUCGAGUUUACCAGCGGAGGAACCGUGCAGCAACUGCUGAAACUGAAUCAACUGCGAGUUCUUCUUUCAAUGUGAGUAAAUGUUAAAUCUUAUCUCUCUCUUUCUCUUAAAAUGUACUAGCUACUUUCUUUAUAAUAAUAAAGUGCUUUUACCCCUUUUUGCAGCAAAAGCCUGAGAUCAUUGUAGUUGAAUACCCUGAUGAUUCUGUAGCUGAAACUGUGAGAAUGGUUGCAACAAAGAGAGUAGUAGAAGUAGAACAAGACAAGACAGAAGAAGCAGGAAACAAGAAGAUUCGUCUCUAAUCGAUUGAAAGUACAACACAAGACUUGAUUAAAAGUACCACAAAUUUGCAUCUUUCUUUUGUUUUACACAUUUUGUUUCUUUUAGUUUUCCUCAGUUGAUCAAACUCUCAUGUGGAGAUGUUUUUGUCGUGAUUUAUUUUAUUUCUAAUAAGAUUCAAGAACC